AUGAACAUCAUAUUGCUAGACGUAUAUGGAUCGGAGAGAGGGUCGAAGAAAGAGUUAAAGGUAACGGGACAUGGGUUGAAGUUGAUUCAGAGAGUUCCACUAAAACUACCAAGAGAGAUGGAGGGUUGGAUAUCUAGGUCUGGUCUAACUUCACUCCAGAGAACCAGUUUGACGAAGAUAGACACGAACCUGGUUUCCGCAUUUGCAGAGAGAUGGCAUCUAGAGACAUCUUCAUUUCACAUGUCGUUUGGUGAGAUGACGAUUACUCUAGAUGACGUCUCUUGCCUGCUUCACUUGCCCAUCAGGGGAGUCUUCUGGAGCCCUCAAGAUAUCAGUGAAACGCUUGUUGUUGAGUGGACUGUUGAUUAUUUAGGAGUGUCACGGAGAGUAGCGCAACAACAAGUUUGUGACUGCAGGGGUUCCUACUAUAAGUUGGAGUGGUUAUAUGAUCGAUUCAUAGAGCAUAGAGCCGCUUCUAUAUGGGAUUAUGCCACUAGAGCUUAUUCGUUGAUGUUAGUGGGUUCCACUAUUUUUGCGGACAAGACGUUUACGCUCGUCGAAGCACGAUACCUUUCACUAUUUAUAGACUUGGAUGGCUUAUCGGGAUACAGUUGGGGAGCAGCUGUGUUGGUUACCCUUUAUAGAUAUCUCAGAGAUGCUUCCAUGUUCAGUUGUAAGCAGCUUGGUGGUUAUCCGACUCUCCUACAUUGCUGGAUUCAUGAGUAUUUUCCAACACUUAGAAAAAAAGGAGAGAAUUGGAUACCAGCUAAUAAUGUGGGUCUCCCUCGAGCGAUGAGAUGGUCCUAUAGGCAAGAUGCCUUGAAGGUGGAUGACUUGCGACCUAUUCUGGACGAGCUGACACCUGCCGGUGUCAUAUGGCGCCCAUUCGAGAAUCAUAGAGUAUGGCGUCCGUUUGAUGAGUUAUGUCUAUAUAGGGGGUGUCUGAGGUGGGGUGACACUAUUGUUCCAUACUUGCUUGACAGAUGUAUGCGUCAGUUUGGAUACAAGCAGUAUGUUCCACAUCCACCUCUUGAUUAUACGAUGGCUGGUGAUAUUGAUGUUGACUGGAUUAGUUACCAUCAGAGCGUUCAGGAUGUGAUUCGUCUGACAGCACCGACCACCACCCCAUAUGAGACAGAUGAUGGAUAUCUUCAGUGGUAUUAUCGUGUUUCGCAUCCUCGUCUGAUACCGCCUUAUCGUGAUGCGCCAACAGAGAUGUCAGUUCCUGUAUAUGAAGCAGGACCAUCUGAUCCUAGCUGGGCUCGUAUGUCUUCAUUGAUUCAUCGUUAUCUUCAACAGGCUGGUGCUGAAGAGGAAGAUCCGCAAUUUGCUGAUUUGUUCGAAGCUUUACAUAUUGCUCGAUCAUUGUGA